AUGUCUCCCGCUGAACAUAGUAUGAUUCAAGGAACCGUCGAAUCGUUUGCUUUUGCUUAUCCUUUUUUUUUCUCAAAAAAAUGUCCUUUCCCUCUUUUCCUCUCUCCGUUCUCCUUCGAUUUCUCUUUCUUCCUCUCUUCCUUCCUCUCUUCCUUCCUCCUUACUCUCCUACUUACUAUUCUACUUACUUCUUACUCCUUACUCUUCUCACUCUUUACUCCUUACUCUUUACUCUUUGCUCUCCUUACUCCUUACUCUUCUUACUCUUUACUCCUUACUCUUCUUACUCUUUACUCCUUACUCUUUACUGCUUACUCUUAUUACUCUUUACUCCUUACUUUUCUUACUCUUUACUCCUUACUCUUUACUCCUUACUCUUCUUACUCCUUACUCUUCUUACUCUUUACUCCUUACUCUUUACUCCUUACUCUUCUUACUCCUUACUCUUCUUACUCCUUACUCUUCUUACUCUUUACUCCUUACUCUUCUUACUCCUUACUCUUCUUAUUCCUUACUCUUCUUACUCUUUACUCCUUACUCUUUACUCCUUACUCUUCUUACUCUUUACUCCUUACUCAACUUACUCUUUACUCCUUUCUUUUCUUACUCCUUAAUCUACUAGUUACUACUUAUUCCCCUAUUUACCUUACUCCUUACAAUCCUCCUUACUCUCUCUAUUCUUUUAACAUCUCUUUCAGUUACUUUUACUCUUUAACAUUCUCUAUUUCUUACCCACUCUUUCUUUUCCCUUUAUUUUCUGUCACUCACUCUCUCUUCAUCACUUUCUUUCCUCCUUUUUAUCUCUCUGUUAUUUCUUUCGCCCUCUCUUCCUUAUUCUUUCUUUUUUCACAUUUUCUUAUUCUCUUUCUCUCUCGUUUAGAUUUUCUUUCUUCUCUCUUUUUUUCCUCUCGCUCACAUACUCACUUUCAUUCUCUCUUUUUAUCGCCCGCUUAUUUUCUUUUUCGUUCACUUUCUCUCACUCAUUUCUCUUUCACACCCUCUUAUUCUGUCAUUCUUCUCUUUUCUCUCUUUCGUUGUCUUCAACUUUUCUCUCUCUUACUUUCUUCCUUUCCUCCUCUCUUAACCUUUUUUCUUCUUUUCUCAUCUCUUAAUCUGUUUUCAUUACUCUUUUUUCUCUCUUUCUCUUUCUCUUAA